AAGUCCCGGCCGCCUCGAGGGAAGUUCCGCCUACCCGCCGGCCCCCGGCGGAAGUGCGGGUAGCAGUCCCUCGUGGCUGGUGGCAGGCAUGGCGCACUACAACUUCAAGAAGAUCACGGUCGUGCCGUCCGCGAAGGACUUUAUUGACCUGACGUUAUCGAAGACCCAACGAAAGACUCCGACAGUUAUCCAUAAACAUUAUCAGAUCCAUCGCAUUAGACAUUUUUAUAUGAGGAAAGUCAAAUUUACUCAGCAGAAUUACCACGACAGACUCUCUCAGAUUCUGACAGAUUUCCCCAAACUGGAUGAUAUUCAUCCAUUUUAUGCUGAUUUGAUGAACAUUCUGUAUGACAAGGAUCAUUACAAGUUGGCUCUGGGACAAAUAAAUAUUGCCAAAAAUUUAGUGGACAAUGUUGCUAAAGAUUACGUGCGGCUUAUGAAAUACGGCGAUUCCCUGUACCGCUGCAAGCAGCUGAAGCGUGCGGCCCUUGGGCGGAUGUGCACCAUUAUCAAAAGACAGAAGCAGAGUUUAGAAUAUUUGGAACAAGUGCGUCAGCAUCUGUCCCGUCUGCCGACCAUCGACCCAAAUACGAGGACGCUGCUGCUGUGUGGGUAUCCGAACGUUGGCAAGUCCAGCUUCAUCAAUAAGGUGACAAGAGCGGACGUGGAUGUGCAGCCCUACGCCUUCACCACUAAGUCCCUAUUUGUCGGACACAUGGAUUACAAGUACCUGCGCUGGCAGGUGGUGGACACCCCCGGGAUCCUGGACCACCCACUGGAGGAUCGCAACACCAUCGAGAUGCAGGCCAUCACGGCGUUGGCCCACCUGCGCGCCGCGGUGCUCUACGUGAUGGACGUGUCUGAGCAGUGUGGCCACGGGCUCGGGGAGCAGCUGCAGCUCUUCCAGAACAUUCGGCCGCUCUUCGUCAACAAGCCUCUCAUCGUUGUAGCGAAUAAAUGUGACGUGAAGAGAAUAGCCGAACUGUCCGAGGACGACCAGAAAAUAUUUCUAGAUCUGCAGGCUGAAGGGUUUCCCGUGGUGGAGACCAGCACCCUGACGGAGGAGGGGGUCAUCAAAGUGAAGACAGAGGCUUGUGACAGGCUGUUGGCUCAUCGAGUUGAAACCAAAAUGAAAGGAAAUAAAGUGAACGAGGUGCUGAACAGACUGCAUUUGGCGGUUCCCAGCAGAAGAGACGACAAGGAGCGGCCCCCAUUCAUCCCCGAAGGAGUAGUGGCUCGCAGAAAGAGAAUGGAGCUUGGAGGGCCCAAGAGGAGGCGGGAACGGGACAUUGAGCUGGAGAUGGGAGAUGAUUAUAUCCUGGAUCUGCAAAAGUACUGGGAUAUAAUGAACGCCUCUGAGAAGCACGAUAAGAUCCCCGAGAUCUGGGAAGGCCACAACAUAGCCGACUACAUCGAUCCUGACAUCAUGCAGAAAUUGGAAGAGCUGGAAAAGGAAGAAGAGCUAAGAGCUGCUGCUGGGGAGUAUGGCAGCACGUCUGAAAGCGAAGACGAGGAAAUGGUGGAAAUCCGACAGCUGGCAAAGCAGAUAAGGGAGAAGAAGAAGUUGAAGAUUCUGCAGUCCAGAGAGAAGGACACACAGGGACCUAGGAUGCCUCGGACAGCCAAGAAGGUUCAGCGGAAGGUCUUGGAGGAUGAGAUGCGCAGUCUCGGUGUCGACAUGGAUGACAAGGACAAGGCCCAUUACGCGGUCCAAGCCAGAAGGUCUCGGAGCAUCACCCGGAAAAGGAAGCGGGAAGACUCUGUCCCACCCAAGUCUGUGGCCCGGAGUCGCAGUUGCUCUCGGACCCCACGCGAUGUCUCUGGUCUCCGGGACAUCAAGAUGGUGAAGAAAGCCAAGACCAUGAUGAAGAACGCUCAGAAGAAGAUGAAUCGCUUGGGGAAGAAAGGGGAGGCAGACAGACAUGUGUUUGACAUGAAACCCAAGCACUUACUCUCGGGAAAGCGGAAAGCUGGUAAAAAGGACAGGAGGUAG